AAAUUAGUACUAACGUUGUUCCUUUGCAAAAUUCAUAAAUGGAUUUAAUUUCAAAAGGCUGGUUCAGUGAAGUCCAAGACGACUUAUGGCCUGGACAAUCAUUUUCUUUAAAAGUUAAAGAAGUUCUUCAUAAAGAGAAAUCGGAAUUUCAAGAUAUUCAAGUGGUUGAGACUGAAACAUAUGGAAGAUGCCUGAUACUGGAUGGAAUCAUUCAGUGCACUACCAGAGACGAGUUCUCCUACCAGGAAAUGAUAUCCUUCUUGCCACUUUGCUGUCAUCCAAACCCUCAAAAGGUUUUGAUUGUUGGUGGCGGUGAUGGGGGCGUAGCACGCGAAGUGGUAAAACAUCCACUAGUUAAGGAGGUCCACCAAGUAGAAAUUGACGAUCGUGUUGUCCAAGUUUCUAAGAAGUACUUGCCCUCUAUGGCGUGUGGAUUUGACAGCGAGAAGCUAGUUUUAACUAUUGGCGAUGGAUUUGAGUAUAUGAAAAAUCAUAAAAAUGAAUUUGAUGUAAUCAUAACUGACAGCUCGGAUCCAGUUGGACCUGCCGUAAGCUUGUUCCAUGAAAGCUAUUUCGAAUUGUUGAAGCAAGCCCUGAAAGAAGGCGGCGUUGUAUGCUCUCAAGCGGGCAGCUUCUGGCUAGACUUCGACUAUGUCAAGAAAACAAUGAAGGGCUGUUCUCUGCACUUUCCAAAAGUGGGCUAUGCCGUCACAUCAGUUCCAUCUUAUCCAUGUGGCCAUAUUGGCUUUAUUAUAGGCUCACUGGAUGCAAACCGAAAGCUCGAAAAACCAGCAAAGAAAUUUGAAAAAUCUGAAAUAGACGCUCUCAAUUUGAAGUACUAUUCAAGUGAUAUCCAUGAGGCUGCCUUUACAUUGCCUCGAUGGGUUGAGAAACACUUUUACGAGUGAAUUUUGAAUGAAUAUGUAUGUGGCAUAAACCAAUUUUGAUGAAUUGAUGACAUUCCAACAAAUAUAAAUUUAAAUACCAAUAAUUUGGCUCGAUUAUGAUUAACACCACUUAUUCGGAUCUUUUAUAAUAAAGAAAUGUAAUGCCGCAAUUGUGAUAAAAGACGAAGAAUAUAGCUUCCAAAAUACCACGAUAUUUAUCGUGCCCUUCUCUGAAUUUACAAAGUUACAAAUUGUUAACAAAAUUGUUUUUAUUACACUAAAAUAAAGAAACUUGAUAAUUCAUGUACAAAUUUUAUAAAUAACGUUAAUAAAAAUUACCACUUGGACUCCUCAGA